UCAAAGAAAUGUUCCAUGAUGACGAUAUCUUAUACAGUAGGUCUGCCUUUCACAUCUGUGGUCCUCCUAACACACUAAAGCUUUACAUCAGAAUUUACAUUCUCUUACAGGGUUUACAAGGUUUGUGAGACAUUGGGCACAAGGUUUGGAUAAAAUUGACAGCAAUCAUGAUUUUUACAAAGAAAGAUACAGAUUAGAAGUCUUACAUUGAUCAGUGUAUCAAAAAGGCUGUCAAGACAAUGUUGGCACUGACCAUAAUCUGGGAUGACUAAGGAAAAGAGGUGUGGAUGUUGUGUUGUAUAAUGCUUUGAAAGCACAUUGUUGUUUAUUAUAACCAGUAAUCAGGUUAUAUACUUUCCUAUUCUUCCCGUUCUUCAUCCUAUUCCCUUUCAAGAGACAUGCACAACAAAAAGUAAGUGGAUAAAUCAUCCCAAAAUUCUAAAUCAUUUCACCCUUUCUGACAAAUGCUUGGUUUUGCAGACAGACACAUGUAACUGACAUUUAUCUAAUGGUCAAAGUUCAACCAGACUCUGGCUUAUAAUUACCAACCUUUGAAAGAACAACAAAUCAAUGCAUAACCCAUGGUUUUCUUAAACGGACACAUAGAAUCCAACUCCCUUUAUCAGAGAAAUAUGAAGUUUGAAGAUCUGCUUACUGAAUUGAAUGGCUUUGGCAGGUUCCAGACGAUGAUUAUUUGCAUCAAUUUUAUAGGACGAUUUACCACCCCAUGUCACUUUCUGCUAAGCAACUUUAUCGCUGCCAUCCCGUCCCAUCACUGUGACAUCAGCUCUUUGGAUGUUGACGGGAUCUUUGGGAAUCUGAGCCUGGAAGAGAGGAUGACUGUCAGUAUUCCAAAGCAGGAAGAUGGGACUCCUGCGUCCUGUCACAUGUACUCUCAUCCUCAAUACCACCUGCUGUCAAACUCAUCGAGCAGCACAGAUCUUCCUGUUGUUCGGUGUCAGAAUGGGUGGGUGUAUGAUAACAGCACAUUCAGCAGCACUCUGGCCACACAGUGGGAUCUUGUGUGUGAUGAUAGAGGGCUGAAUAAAGCUGUAGUCACCAUCUUCUUUGUUGGAGUGAUGUUUGGAGCAGUUUUCUUUGGAGGCAUGAGUGACAGAUUUGGCCGUAAGCCGAUGCUGCUGGUAUCGUAUCUAUCAGGAAUGGGUUUUGCAGUGGCCAGCGCUUUUUCCUCCUCCUUCAUUAUGUUUGCAGUGUUGAGAUUCUUCACUGGAUUUGCCAUCACUGGCAUCAUCAUCAUCACUUCUGUACUCAAUGUGGAGUGGGUAGACAUUCAGCACAGAAGACUGGUUUGUGUGAUUGACAGUGUAGCAUGGGCCUGCGGGUCCACUGCUUUAUCUCUUUUUGCAUUUUGUGUGAGAGACUGGAGAUGGUUGACAGUGGCCGUCACUUCACCUUUACUUCUGUGCACGAUCCUCUGGUGGUGGCUUCCAGAAUCGGCUCGAUGGCUGUUAGUCAAUGGAAAAACACAAAAAGCUCAUUAUUAUCUUCACAGAUGUGCAGUUAUGAACCAUAGGGAGGAAGUAACUUCAAGCAUCAAGUUUGAGGCUCUCUCUAGCAUCAUUGCAACAAACACAGAAAAAACAAAAUAUUCUUACCUGGAUAUCAUCCGAACCCCUAAAAUGAGGAGACUGGCUUUGCUUACAGGAACCAUAUGGUUUUGUGUUGCCACUACCACCUAUGGAAUUAGCUUUAACAUCUCAGGCUUUGGGCUGAACUUGUACCUGACUCAAUUUGUUUAUGGAGCCAUUGAGAUUCCAGCUAAACUGAGCUUGUUUUAUCUGCUUGAAAAGAUUGGCAGACGUAAAACAGAGACUGGAGCUCUGCUAUUGGCUGGAAUCAGCCUCAUGAUAAACAUAUUCAUACCAAGAGAUCUGAAGGUUGGACGUACUGUGGUCGCUGUACUGGGAAAAGGUUUCUCAGUUGUUUCUUUUGCUACAAUUAUAUUAUACAGCUCUGAGCUUUACCCCACUGUCCUAAGGCAAAACGGGCUGGGUUAUAACUCCUUCCUGGGUCGUAUGGGUGUGGCUUUGGCUCCUCUAGUCCUGCUAUUGGACAGCUUUUGGAGCUACCUCCCUCAGAUCACCCUCUGUUGUGUGGCUCUCUCUGGUAGUCUGGUGGCCUGGCAGUUACCUGAGACACUGGGCAGAUGUCUACCUGAGACUAUAGAGGAUAUUGAGGGCACAGAGGAAAAGCUCAAAAAUCAUGACAACAAGGAAGAAGCUGAAACAAUUAUGACAAAUGGAAAAUGACGACGGUGAACUGCUGAGAUUGUUUUAAAUUUUGUACGUUUUUAUCCAAUUGUUUCACCAUCAAGUUCAACUCUGUGCAUAUUGAAAACUAAUUCUAGAGCUCUUUUAAAAUAUCUUUAUUAGUUACACAAGUAAAGGAUUUACAGCUUUCUCAAGUAGUAAUGACAACCCUUCUUCUAAAUAAGACACUAAACAGGCCUGUGAAUGAUUACACAGAAGCUGGGAGUCUGUGUACUUUGUGUUUGUGAAAGAAAGUUUGUGCGAGUGUAUGAAUAUGUACAUAUAUAGGACGGGAACUGUCGCUUUGUAUUAUGUUUUCUUAAAUGGCAGCAACCAUAAUCUGUGCAGUAAAAGAACACUGUAUAGAUUACAAUGAUGUAAAAAAAACCAUCUCUGUACCAAUAAAAAAAGUGUUUGACUUAA